AUGCCACGUAUCGCUGAUUCUGAUUCUGACGAUGAUUCGCUGAAAAAACCAGCCCAAAAGGUCAAGGGAAAGGCGGGUAAAGUCAAGAAACAUGUUCGGAUCGAAGAGGAUUACAACGAGGAUGGCAACUCCCUCAGCGAAGGUGAUGAGAAUAUCUUCAGUGAGGAUGAAGAGCGAGCUGACAGUCGACCAGGGAGCAGCAGAAAGAAGAAAAAAGUUGCCAACAAGAACCUGCUAGGAGCAAACGGUGGCUAUGCAUGGGAAGAGGACAUUCAAAGAAGUUGGGACCUGGUUAAAGUGGACGAUGAGGGAGACAUGGCAGCAUUGGUGUCCAGCAUCAUUGAGGCACGCAAAAAGCGUGCUAGCAACAAAAAUAUGACACCAUUUCAACGUGGGAUCAUUAGAACUUUGAUACUGGUGCUAGAUUGCAGCGAUUCUAUGACUGAAAAGGAUCUUCGGCCAAACAGAUAUGCAAUGACUAUCCAAUACGCUUUGAACUUUGUGCAUGAGUUUUUUGACCAGAAUCCGAUCUCGCAAAUUGGCAUUGUGUGCAUGAGAAACGACUUGGCGCAGCUAGUUAGCCAGGUUAGUGGGAACCCGCAGGAUCACAUCGACGCUUUAAAGAACAUACGAAAACAGGAACCUCAAGGAAACAGCUCGCUGCAAAAUGCGCUAGAAAUGGCUCGAGGACUACUCCUGCAUGUUCCAGCGCAUUGCACUCGCGAAGUCCUCAUCGUGUUCGGCGCACUGUCAAGUACAGACCCUGGCGAUAUCCAUCAGACUAUAGGAUCGCUAGUUCAGGAGCGGAUUCGUGUACGUGUCAUUGGUCUUUCCGCCCAGGUGGCGGUGUGCAAAGAGCUCUGCAAACAGACCAACUACGGUGACAACUCGUUCUACGGUGUGAUUCUAAACGAAGUUCACUUUAGAGAUCUUUUUGCAGACGCUGUAACGCCAUUGCCUGUCAAUAAGAUUAAUAAGGGCUUUACCCUUGUGAAGAUGGGUUUUCCAACUCGAGUAUACGAGGAUAUGCCUUCGUUCUGCACAUGUCACUCUAAGCUUAUGUAUGGUGGCUACUUCUGUCCCAACUGCAAGAGCAAAGUGUGUUCCCUACCGACCGUGUGCCCCUGCUGCGAUUUAAUGUUGAUAUUGUCGACCCAUCUGGCGCGUUCCUACCACCAUCUUAUGCCGCUCAAGACCUUUCAAGAGGUUGGUGUAAAUGAGACCUUCCCUUCAGAAACCUGCUUCAGUUGUCAGAAACGCUUUCCUCGUCUAAAGAAUCACAAGUCGCAUGAAUUGCUGACCAGCUCUCGUUACCGUUGUGCAGACUGCCACCGCGAUUUUUGCAUCGACUGUGACGUAUUUAUUCAUGAGAUUCUGCACAAUUGUCCUGGCUGUGAAGCGUCGCCCGAUGUAUGA